CAGCUUAAGCCACUGGUGAGGCAGCUUUUCAGCAUGAAGGCGUUGCUUUCAGGCUUAACUGCCUGGUUUCCUAGGGAACCGUGCAGCAGACAGGCUGGGCGGAAAAGCGUUUCCGGGUCGGUCAAACUUGGAGAGAGGAGCAGAGAGACAAAGAGGAGGUGAUAGUGAGGUGGGGGAGGGAGAAGGCUCCGUGGAGAGGCAGUGGGGGGAGGCUGAGGUGCUGGCUCUACUCUCAGUGUGGGACCAGGGUGGACAUCAGCACGUGGUAGAGAACAGAAGCACAUUUGAGGGGAUUUCAGAGCGUCUGAGGAGGCUCAGUGUUGUGCGCAGCUGGAAGGAGUCUCAGCUAAUUCAGAAGCAUGAGACUUCAGAGCAAGAGGCCUGAUGCAGGCACGUCAGUGAACUACAGCCCAGGAGUGGAAGAAAGGCCACGGGAGGAAGGUGUGGAUAAUCAAAGAAGAAUCUACCCAGUCCAGCAAGGAAUAAAGAUUCAAUUUCAUUCAGCUGUUUCUGACUCUACGAAUGUGGCUGAAGAGGGAAUCCGCAACUGGACAGAUGAUGAAGUAAAAGCGCUGCUGUGCGUCUGGGCCGACCGCAACAUUCAGGAACGUUUGAAAAGCACGCUGCGCAACAAAUCCAUAUUCCAAGAGAUGGCUCGGCAGAUGCAAAGAAAAUAUGGGGUGAUACGCGACUGGAGACAAUGCCGUACAAAAUACAAGAAUUUGAAAUAUGACUAUAAGAUUGCUAAAAGUGCACACGCUGCAGGAGGCAGCAGUGCAGGAAGCCUGGGGAAGUACAUGAAGUUUUUUGAUGAAGUGGAAGCUAUUUUACUGGACAAAGGACUGGAAAAUGGGAGCAUGGAGAUGCAGAAGAGACUGUAUGAUGGUGAACUGAAAGCAGGGAGGCUACAAACGCCAGCAGGCCACACAGGGCAGAUAACAGGCUCUGAGAGUGAGGUGGUCAUCGACAUGGAUGAUGAUGACAACAGUGAUGAUUGCAACAUGGACGGAGAAACGGAAAUAAAGAGAGAGAGAAGUACAGAUGCCCAUCGAGCACACACAGACUUCUGCUCUGACCAAGUGGUCAUGGUGUCGGACGCUGGUCGCAACUGGAGCGACCAAGAGGUGCGAGCCCUGAUCCAAGUCUGGGCCGAUGAGCGCAUAUGCAGGAAGCUGGAGAGCUCAACCAGAAAGAGGGACAUCUUUGUCCAGAUCUCGAGGAGGUUACUGCAGCAAGGCAUCGAUCGUGACUGGAAACAGUGCCACACUAAGUACAGGAACCUCAAGUAUCUCUACAGGUCCCUUCAAAGGGGCAAGACUGAUGAAGCUGACCCGAGAUGCCUCAUGAGGUUCUACGAAGAAGUGGACUCCAUUAUGAAUCGCGCGACUAACGACUACACAGAAGAAGAUUCAGACAGACUUACAAUAUCUGACAACUGUGAUGAGAAAAAUAACGUGGACGGCAAUUUGGCAAACACGAGGAGAGCUGUGGAGGACAAAACCUGCACCUCUGAUUCUGACUUAACCAUCGAGGCAUCAAACACUUAUGAGUCAGAGCGGCAUAAAAUCAAGGAGCAUCGUUUGGAUCAAGAACACACGUUGAUGAGUGCUUCUGAGAGUGAGGUCGAUAAAGAGAAUACUACUGCAUCAAACAGAAGACUGAAGAGGAAAGCUGUGGAUGAAGACCCUGGACUGCACACAUCACUGAAAAAGCUGAACCCUCUCGGCCCUGUUGCUGCUGACAGACUGCACACCCAGUGUAAAGAAGAGCAGGACCACAUCCCCAUAUUAAAGAUCAACUCAGUCUGUUCAGUGGCCCCCCUGCUCCAUCGCCACAGGCCUGCUCAGGAUCCACGAGCGCCAUGGCCCCCGCCCCAGAGUUGAAAAUCGGCCAGAAGCUCAAUGAGGGCAAGACUAAACAGAUUUUCGAGCUCGUGGACCAGCCGGGACUGGUUCUAGUCCAGUCUAAA